AGCUUUUUUGUGAAACAAAAUCCACGUGUCCUUCCCUCCUCAUCGCGUCGUGUCUCUGUGUCCCUUUCUUAUAAAACCGGAACAACAUACAAAUGGUUAUGUUCUGGUUCCUCCUUUGUUUUUCCUGCAAUUUUUCUAGGAUUUUCUGUUGUGAAGAUUUUGUAUAAAGAACAUGCAGGAGGGUAAAGAAGAAGUUCGACGAGAUAAUGUUUAUGAAUCAAACGGGGCUAGGAAUUCUGGUGGUUUUAGUCCUUUUGGAUUCGGUAGAAAUAUGAUGAUGCCAAGUCUUUUUGGAGGGAGGGAUCCAUUUGAUGAUCCUUUUUUCAGUGACCCUUUUGGUAGCAUGAGGGGACCAAGUUUUGCAUCAAGAGCAAUGCAGAACACAAGCAGAGAUAAAGGGGUAGUUAUACAAGAAUUAGGCUCUGAUGAUGAGGGCACUAAUACUAGUUUCCCUCAAACUGGAGAACCAUCUGUGGAGCACCCAGAUGAUGAUGAUGAUGAUCAUGUUAAUAUAGAGAGGAAAAGCAGUGGUGUAACUUAUAAGAAUGACCCUUUCAUGUCAGAACCCCCAAAGGGUGGGAAAAUUUCUUUUCAGACUAGUAGAGUUACUUAUGGGGGUAUAGAUGGUGCAUAUUAUACUUCUACCAGAUCCAGAAAGAUUGGGGCAGAUGGGGUGGCAAUGGAGGAAAGCAAAGAAGCUGACUCAACCACAGGCCAGGCAACACAUAGGAUCACCAGAGGAAUCAAUGACAAGGGCCAUUCAGUUUUAAGGAAGCUUGAUUCUGAUGGCAAGGUUGAUACAAUGCAGACACUACACAAUCUAAAUGAAGAUGACCUGGCAGGCUUUGAGGAAGCAUGGAAAGGAAAUAAUAUUGGGCAUUUGCCUGGAUACGAUGUGCACCGGAACCAGGAUUCUAGCAGUGGUGAGCAGAACAGGAAUCAGGUGUGGCCACGUCCAUCUCUGGAGCAGGCUAGAAGAACGGGAGGAUCUGCAUCAAAUUAUGAAGCAGGAACCGAUUUCGGGGCCAGAGCAAAGAAAGUGGUUAGGAUCAAUAUUGAGUGAGUUUUGGUUGUUGGUAACUGUUGAUGUUGUUUGUAAAAUAUGAGUUUUGGGUUGUUGUCUUAGUUUAGCAAUAGAAAUGUAUGGGCUUGCGCAAGCUCAUGCUCUACAUUUAAGAUUAAGAAAGAGAGUAUGGUGGUGAAACUUAGUCCAAUAAAUCAGGUUACCUUAACAUUAAUUUAUUGUAACCAUUUUCAUUCUUGAAUUGCAUGCUUUUUUAUUGCA